UGUGACACUAAUGGUCUACUACUUUAUUGAGACAAAAAAACUGGGAAAGUUUUGUUUCAAAUAAUGCAUUUUUCACUUUUCUGUCAAGUAAUAAUGCCUUAAUCACUUUUCUGUCAAGUAAUCAUGGAAAAAGUCUUUCACUUUAGGAUGCAAAUAGGCCUAUAUUUUAACUCACAGUUUUCUAGAAAUGACAGCAUGAAAAGCCGUCAAACCCAAACCACAGAAUGCAGAGCCAAGCAGUUGAGUCAGUGUUUUUCCUCCUUGAAACCUCAUAACAGACAGAGUUGCUAACCAACUUCCUGUCUGAUUUGAGGAAGUCAUCACACAAGACUUCAGUUUGAGCGCUAUACAUUUCCAUUUUAGUAUUCAUUGGACAGCAGCUGAGCACGCUCUCCUCGCAGCAACACUGUUCUUUUCAAGAAAGAAUAUAGGAAGUGGUGUUUUUUACUAUAUUUUAUGAACAAUGCUACAAAGGGCGGCUUCAAGUGUCUCUGACAAACCUAAAAGCCUUAUACCAAAGCGAUCUGCCAGUUUUGGGAGAUUUGACAAACAGCAGCAAGCGGCAGUGAAGUCUCUUGUGGACGGAGCAGAUGCGCCCGCGGAGGGACUCUCUGCACCUGAGAGUGGUGAGCCAGGCAAACCAGGUGGCCUGGGGAAGAAGAUGAAGGCCCUUUCCUGCGCGGUGCGAUUGAAGAUGGGCAGGAAAUGUACCAAUAAGAGUCUUUCGGAAAACCCUGUUGAUGAGACAUGCAGGGAUGAAGGCGAAGAAGACACAGAAAACACGGACAAACCAAGUGAAAACUCAGACAGUUCCACCACCAGUGGUGUCACGAGUAGUUCUGAGGGUUCCAGCAACAGAGGCAGUCUACGACUGGAGGAGGAGCCAGCGUAUUCCGGACCAUUCUGCGGACGAGCCAGAGUACACACGGACUUUGUCCCGAGCCCCUAUGACACAGAAUCGCUCAGGCUCAAGGUUGGAGACAUUAUAAAUGUUAUAAGCAAGCCGCCCAUGGGCAUAUGGACUGGCUUGCUUAACAACAGAGUGGGGACAUUUAAGUUCAUCUACGUCAACAUGCUUAUUGAAAAGGAGCCAGAGGAAGAAGAAGAGGAGGCCCCAAAGAUCAGGCCGCAGAGACACUCCAAAAGAGCUCGACCUAAAACCCUCCUAGAAUUACUCGAACGUCUGCAGUUAGAGGAGUAUGCCUCAUCAUUGCUACUAAAUGGCUACCAAACGGUUGAUGACUUAAAGCAUCUACAAGAGAAACACCUUACAGAGUUGAACAUCACUGAUCCAGAACAUCGGCGGAGGCUCCUCGCUGCUACUGACGUGCACUAUGAAAUAGGAGUAGAUGAUGACCAUCCCCAUGGGAAAGAAGAGGAAGAGAAGAAUGACUGCCCACGGGACUCUGGCUGUUUCAUUCCUUCUGAGUGUUCGGAGAGCAAAGACGAUGUGGAAAUCCACUAAAGGACACCGGCUCCAUUGGAUAACAUGACGACAUCAUACUCAGGGAUGGGCAAGGCUGGACUGGUAGUCUGGCAUACAAGGCAUUUUCCCGGUGGGCCGACAGUAUGCCAAAAAUGUUUGGGCUGGAUUGUGGUCCCAGUCCAGCCGUGGUGAUGGGCAACCUGGAUUCAUUAGUCAUAUUUCUCAGUGCCAUAUUCUCUAAAUGACCUGGUUUCCCCUGUCCAAUUCAACCAGGUAAUUGAAUCUCAUACAGCCAUGUGGCCAAGCGGGCUGGUUGAAUUGGACAGGUAAUAGCCUAUGUGGCACUGGAUUAUGGGUAAUGAUUCCAGGAUGCUCAUCACUGUAGACAAGUGACAUCACUCCCUCCAGGCAUGAUUUUGUACAUCUCUUAAAUUAUUUAGCCAAUAUGUUUAACUCUACAUUUACCAAGCCCUUUGAACUACCAGUGUAUACAUUUUUUUAUUGUUGUUAUUUUCAUUGUGUUUUAUUUGGCAAUUGGGAUUCACAACUCAGACAGCUGGCAGACUGCUUGUAAGUGUGUUUGUGUGUGGGGGGGUGCAUGUGUGUGUGAGUGAGUGUGCGUCCGUGUGUGCACACAUAUGAAUGUGUCAGUGAGAAUAUGCAUUUGUUUUAGGUUUAAACUGAGCAUAUUUAAAUCAUAUCACAUAGUCUGUAAAACACAAAACAAUGACACAAGACACAAAUAAAUGAUUUACCUUUGAAAUUUACAACAGUAAAAUUAACAAUAUUGUAACAUGAUAACUCAUCUGUGAAUAUGUACAGCAAAACAUUAAAUAAGCAAUGGUAUAACCUUUUUGGUAGUGAAUGGCAUGUUGUCUUCUUUUUGUCAGCCAUUUCUAUUGGUUGUAUUCACAUUUGUAUCCCCAAGGGUUCAAAUCCCCAAAGGUCAGAAAUCCAACCACUUUCCUCUGACCAACACAGAGAACGCGAAGUUGAUUCAAGAUAACGGCACAGUGCAAAAGAUAGUCGGAUAGUCGGAUAGGACGGUGUUACUGUAUA